AUGGAUCAUUGGUUAAAAACUGGUAGCUUUAGUAAAAGGAAAACUACAGAACCAACCGAUUCUCAAGACGUGCCGUCAUCGAUUACUAAUCCAGCCGAAGAAAAUCCUAUGAAAAAGUUCCCACAGGUUAGUGAUACUAAACUUCUUGUUCCACUUCACGUAAAGAUAAGGAAAUAUAGCGAAGAUUAUUUGUCAGAAGGAUUUUCGUUCGUUAUGAUAGAAAAUUUUCCUAGACCUGAAUGUGUUGUUUGUGGAGAAGUACUAUCUAAUGGUAGUAUGAAGCCUUCAUUACUUCCUCGUCUUUUGAAUACGAAACAUUCAGAUUUAAAGGACAAAAAAAAUUACUUUUUUCAAACUUUUACUAGAAAAUAA